CGCGCCAGCCCACAUUGGACUCCCUUCCUGUGUCGUCGCCGCCAUAUCCGGUGGAGGUGCCAGUAUGGAGGCUGUAGAAGAGUUAGAUGUCGAUGUCGAGGGAGACUCGACGGUGGGACCCGCUGCGGAAGCGCAGGCAGGAAGUUAUCAAUUUCCAUCAUCCAGUUUACUCCAAGAUCACUACCUUGAUUCCACAUGGAGAACAGAUGUGGUUCUUCCUUGGAGUCUUGACAGUACAAUUAGUGAAGAAAACAAAGCUGUCAUUGAGAAGAUGCUUCUGGAAGAAGAAUAUUACUUGUCUAGCAAGUCUCUUCCAGAAAAAAAUUGGCAUGAGCCGAAGGAAAAUGAUAAAAAAUGUACAAAAAGUCCACACAAGAAAGAAACAAAAAUCACGCUUCGUUCACCUGCAAAAUCAGCAACUAGUUCACUGAAGUGGACAACAGAAGAAAAGGAAAAGUUUGAAGAAGGACUGGCUAAAUUUGGCAGAAGGUGGACAAAAAUUUCUAUGAUGAUUGGAAGUCGCAACGUUCUUCAAGUAAAGAGCUAUGCCAGACAAUACUUUAAGAACAAGGCAAAAAGUGAUGGCGUAGAAAAAGUGAAACAGCAGCAACAGCACAUCGGUACUCCUCUUCCACAAAGCAGUGAGGAUGUUGAAAGGAAGAAGGUGACAUGGGCACCAGAGCACUUAAGAGGUCGAGCGGACCCUAAUCUGAAUGCAGUGAAAAUUGAAAAAUUAUCAGAUGAUGAGGAAGUAGACAUUACAGAUGAAAUGGAUGAACUUUUAUCCUUUGCACAUCAGCAAGAAUCUGGAAAGUCUGAGAUAGUAGAUGUUCCAAAAAGGCCAUCUGAGCAAAGCAAUUGGACAGAACCUGUUUUGGAUUCUGCCCAACACAUGACUGCUGUUCUCUUAACCCAGGACGUUACAAAGCCAGAACAAAACACAGAUGAAACUGCAGUCUCCUGCUCUGAGAAUAAAGAGCAUCAGACUAUAAAAACAGAGAAUCAGAAGUGUGACGGAACAGGGACUUCUGAAAGUCCCGACUGGUUUCCUAGCCCAGAGCUUUGUGAAGAACAAAAGGACAUAACUGAUAGCGGCAUUCAUUUCCUUUCUUCUGAACACCUUGGGGAGGAAAAUCGGAUGGAUGCAGAGGAACUUAAGUCACCAGAUCAAGAAAUAGCAAUAGAUAGAAGCAUUAUACUGGAAGAAGAAAAGCAAGCGAUUCCAGAAUUUUUUGUCGGGCGUCAAGCCAAAACACCUGAGCGCUAUUUGAAAAUUAGAAAUUAUAUUUUGGACCAAUGGGAAAGAAUCAAACCAAAAUACCUGAACAAGACAUCUGUACGUCCAGGGCUGAAGAAUUGCGGUGAUGUCAACUGCAUUGGGCGAAUACAUACAUACCUGGAAUUAAUAGGAGCAAUUAACUUUGGCUGUGAGCAAGCUGUGUAUAAUAGACCGCAAACAGUUGACAAAGUACGGCCCAGGGAAGGCAAGGAUGCUGUUGACGCAUAUCAGCUUGUGCAACGUCUACAAUCUAUGCGUACGAGGAGGCGACGAGUGAGAGACCCAUGGGGAAACUGGUGCGACGCCAGAGAUUUGGAAGGACAGACGUUUGAGCAUCUCUCUGCUGAGGAGCUAGCAAAGAGGAGAGAAGAUCAGAAGUAUAAACUAUCAAAAGCAUUUAAAGGACAAAGACACACCAAAAGUUCAUUUGAUCCUUUUCAGCUGAUCCCUUGCUGUUCCUACACAGAAGAAAAACCAGAGCCAUUCAAAGUGACAGUAUCUGCAGAAGCACUUCUGAUUAUGGAUUUGCACGCUCAUGUUUCAAUGGCAGAAGUAAUUGGUUUGCUAGGUGGAAGAUAUUCUGAAACUGAUGGAAUAGUUGAAGUCUGUGCAGCAGAACCCUGCAAUAGCCUUAGUACAGGGUUGCAGUGUGAAAUGGAUCCAGUGUCUCAAACUCAAGCAUCAGAGAUACUUGCUGCUAGAGGUUACAGUAUCAUUGGAUGGUACCAUUCUCAUCCUGCCUUUGACCCUAAUCCUUCCCUACGUGAUAUUGAUACCCAAGCAAAAUACCAGAGCUAUUUUUCCAGAGGUGGCUCAAUGUUUGUUGGAAUGAUUAUAAGUCCUUACAAUCGAAAUAAUCCUCUUCCAUAUUCUCAGAUCACUUGCCUUGUGAUUAGUGAUGAGACUAGUUCAGAUGGAUCCUACCGCCUGCCAUACAAGUUUGAAGUGCAACAAAUGUUGGAAGAGCCUCAGUGGGAGAUAGUAUUAGAAAAAACACAGUGGAUAAUUGAAAAAUACAGACUGUCUCAUAGUUGUGUGCCCAUGGAUAAAAUCUUCCAUAGAGAUUCAGACCUAACGUGUUUGCAGAAGCUUUUGGAGUGCAUGAGGAAGACUCUGGACAGUGUAGCCAAUAGCUUCAUUGCUGAAGAAUUCCUGACACAGUUAGAAAACCUGUUCCUUUCAGCCUACCAAAAUGAGGAAUGGACCGAUACUGCUGAGGAAAAUAGCAUGUGUCCAAAUGACCUGCCAACGUGAUAACACUGGAAAGAAAAAUUGACCACUUUAUAAUGAAGUGGCCAUCGUUGAGAGUAACCGAAUCCAGUGUGGCUGAAGAAAAUUACUGUUAAUGAAAGACAGUAUGAAGCAAUCAUGGUGAACUAUCUGACCUCUGGCAUAACUUCUAAUCUUCUAAAAUUACAGUUAUACAGCAGGAAAAUGAACCAUUUACCAGCCCACCAUUUAGAUAGUAGCUGUCUAUCGCUCUAAAAAAUUGAAGUGAUAAUGUUUUACUUGGACCAAGCACUAUUAGCUCGAUGUUGAAAUAAUUAUAUUGCCGUUCUGUUUAGGAAAAACCACCACGUUACGUUUAAUGUAUAUUCCCUAGAGGCUGUCACGCGCAUUUCUAUUUUAUAAAACAAUCUAUACCAUAUCCCAAAGGUUCUUUUUCAUCCAAGUGAAUGAGAAGUGAAACUUCUUCAAAGAAAAACCAGAAAGUCCAGUUGCCUCUUGAAAAAGAACCUUUGGGACAACCAUGAUCUGGAUGACUGAGAAUCUCCAGAGACAUCAAGCUAUGCCAUAUUUUAUAAAAUAAGCUUUACCAUAUCCUUCUGAAAAGGCAACAAUCGGUUUAAAAGCAUAUCAGAAUUACGGAUAAUCUCAGCCUUUCAUUUCUCGGUUGUUGAUCCAUGCCGACAGUAUUUGAAGGGGAAAUUAAGAUUGGGUUUACCUUUGCACCACAUUUUGUGGAACUGAACUGAAUUGAACAGAAACAAAUUUAUGGAAUUUAGUAUGUCUAUAGAAUAGGAUGUUCUUAAUGUUAUGGAUCUGAGAAAAGAUACCCUCCAAUUCUUGUCCAAAUUCUAAACUUCGGACCCACAACAUAAAAUGCAGAUACAUACAAGGGAAAAAGACUAUCUAUAAAGGCAUAGGAGAAAGCUGCAAAAUUACUUUAUAGAUCUAUUUCUUUUUAACCUGAAUAUCAUCGGCAGGCUAAUGUACUGUAUCUUCACCCUAGCCUUUCUUGUUCCAUUGUGAAGCCAAGUCCCUUCAGUUGUGAUUAUGGUGGUGUGCAACUUGUGCAAGUACUGCUGAAUCGUAAAUUUAUAGCGCUUUCUCACCGAAAGUCAGCAUAUAUUUGAUUUAAUUAAUUGCAUGUAAGGCUCUUCUAUCAUACCGUGCCAUAUAGAGUUGCUUUGAUAUGAAGUCUAAUCCAUACAUUUGUUCCGUCCCCAGGCUAUUACGUCAAUCAAAUUGCAUGUGAUAUAAUGGCUUGUAUGUCCUACUGAGAUCCUAGCAUGACACUGAAACCACUGAUUUCUAAAAGGAAAGAAAAGCCUCCCAAAAUAUAUAUGGAAUUUGCAGUCAUUGCAACAUAAUUUUAUUGAAAGAAAUGUUUACAUUUAUACUGUGUGUAACGAAUGUUGUAAAUAGCGUGCCUUUGUACAGAAAGAAUGACUGAACUACUUUCAUUUCAUGUAAAAGCAGAGUACAGGUAUAUUUGCCCAGUGCGUGUGCAUUUUUACGAGGAAGUGAAAGGAAUUAACCACUCAAAUAAUAGAAAAGGCUUUUCCUGGCAAUGUUGUAUCUCCUUAAUGACGUGAAGAUAUUUAAAAUAUUUUCCUUGUUUCAAAUUGGCCUAAAGGGGACUUUUCAUAUAAAAGAAACGUAAUACAUA